CGUUGCUGGGCGGCGGCAGUAUGUCGCGAGAGAAGAACAUGGAGUAUAAGCUAUCUCAUUAUUUAAUGCAAGACUACGACAAGACAGUGCGGCCGGCGUUUCACUCGCACGACCCGCUCAACGUCACGUUCGGACUGGCGUUGACACAGAUCAUAGAUCUAAGACAGGGACAAGAGCACAAUACAAGACAAGCCCCAACACCGAGGGAGGAGCACAAGACCAAUACAAACAAGCAUUACAACAAGACAGCGAAGACCAUUCUAAAGCAACAGCAUACAGAAAAACUCACUAUCGGCGACCGACGACGCGCCGACACGGGCUACACGGACGCCAUCGUCAGCACCAACGCCAUCGUCAGCCACGACGGCAACGUCACGUGGCUCGCCGCCGCCAUCUUUAGAAGCUCGUGUCGAAUCAACGUUCGCUACUUCCCAUUCGACGAGCAGAACUGCAUGCUGCAGUUCGCCUCGUGGACGUACGACGGUUUCCAGAUGGACCUCAUCAAAAACUCCGAUGAAGCCGACCUAUCGAACUACGUCGCUAACGGCGAGUGGAAGCUGAUCAGUCUGAAGGAGGAACGCAAAGUGAUGUACUACUCGUGCUGCUCGGAGCCGUACCCGCACGUGACGUACACGAUACAGCUGCGGCGGCGGCCGCUGUACUACGUGUUUAAUCUCGUGCUGCCGUGCGUGCUCAUCACGGCCGUGGCCCUGUUGGGUUUCUACAUGCCGUCCGACUCCGGCGAGAAGGUGACUCUGGGUAUUACGACACUGCUGUCAAUGACCGUAUUUCUGAUGCUAGUCGCCGAGAGCAUGCCGCCGACGUCCGAGGAGAUACCGCUGAUUGGUAUGUACUACGGCCGUGACGAUAUUGCAUCGCUGGCCCUGCUAGGCCCGACGCGCAUGACUGUGUAUCACGCCUCAAACAUUCAUCACAAGGCAUGCGCGCAAGGACGUGCCCAUGACUACCAGCCUCCGCAGGACGCCUUCCCGGAGAAAUGCUCCGAAAUGUCGACGAGCAUCGGAACGGAACCGAACGGCGGCCUAUCGACGGGCUCGCCCCGCUUCGGCCAUCGCGUGCGACCGCAGUCCUCCAUGGACCUCUUCGAGCGGCAGUUCAUCAAAGUGCUCAACAAGGUCUACCAGACGAUCGAGAAGAACGAGAUCCGACUAGCCGAACAGGAUCGUCGCGACACGAUCCGGUUAGAGUGGCAGCAGGUGGCGCUUGUCGUCGACCGCAUACUGCUGUGGGUGUUCAUCCUCGUGACGACGAUCGUCUCUCUUGUUAUCAUCUACUCGUCGCCGUACACGUCCUUCUACGGAACAGAUCCGGACGGAUCCGUGUGA